GUUCUCAGACACUCGGCACACUCUGCUCUGAAUUCCAACCGCCGCAUUAGCCUGAGGGAUAUACAGCCAUUCUCUCUGCCGAAAUCACGAUGUGCAGAGGACUAGCAUCACUGCCAAGCACAUGUUUGGAGAGGGCUAAAGGACUUAAGGCUCGUUUUGGCUGUCUUUUCCAGAAGCCAGAUCUAUCACACAAAAUGGAUAAAUUGAGCAGGGUCACUCCAGAGGAAUGCAUGAAGUGGAAGGAAUCCUUUGACAGGCUCCUGGCUAACAAACAUGGGCUGUGUGCUUUCAGGGCCUUUCUGGUGUCAGAGUACAGUGAAGAAAACCUCACUUUCUACUUGGCCUGUGAGGACUACAGAAACACCACAUCCACAUCCAAGCUGUCAGUCAAAGCAAAGAAAAUCUAUGAGGAAUACAUCGGGAGUGAUGCACCCAGAGAGGUCAACAUUGACCACGAGACGAGAGCCAUCACCAAACGUAACCUGGAGCAGCCAAGCCUCUCCUGUUUCGAACUGGCGCAGACCAAAAUCUACCUCCUCAUGGAGAAAGACUGCUACCCCCGCUUUCUGCGGUCGGCCACGUACUGCGAGCUCACGAGGUCAAUGAGUCGUAAAAUCGGACAGCGCACUGGCGGCGAUGAGAAGACGCGAAAAUGAAAGUCCUCUUCUCAACGGUUCCCGCUGUGGAAGACGGCAGUGCAAUAUCCCAAAGGGAUGUGAUUGGUGGAGAUGGUAGUCGGAGGACUAAGGGACUUUCAUUGGAGUAGACAUGCAUACAGCAGAAAACUCCCAGGAGGCUGGAUGCCAAAGCUGCCACUGAAGAGAAACUGGUUCCUGUAGCAUUUUUUUUUUUUGACAAAUGACACACUGGAGGAAAGCACUGAAUUUGCACGUAACUCACUGGAAGGAUGCUUGUCAUUGCAAACACUUUACACAUGGAUUAAUUAUAUUUCCUCCACUUUUCUUACUACAACAUAUUUGUCUUAUUUAUGCAUUUAUUUAUUUAUUUGUUUAUUUAUUUAUUUAUUUAUUGUUUUUUGUUUUCAAACUGCGUUGAUAUCAACGUAUUGUUGACAAAAAUGUUAUGUUGAUGUAUAUUUUUUUAUUUUUAUAUGAAAGUGAAAGAAUUGUAUUUAAAUAAAAUAAUUACUAAAAAU